AUUUGCCGCAUUUAUUUUGAAUUUGAACACUCUGCGUCUGAGCAAGUAUAUAACAUUGUAUUGCCAGCAGCAUCAACAACACCAACAACAGCAACAACAACAAUAAUAAUAACAAACAUUGAGGACAAUACUGACAACUUAAAUGCUGAAUUUGUUGCAGACAAUACACUUGAAGAGGAACAUAAAAACGGAAACGGAAACAUUGAAGCGGAAACCAAUAAGUCUGACAACGACAGCGACAAUACUAGCGAAAGCAACAACAGCAACAACAACAACAACAAUAACAGCAAAAUGAAUUUCUAUGAUGAAAAUGCUUUAGUUGGGCAACAAUUGCAUGAAAUCGCAGCCAACAGUAGCAGCUUUACAAUUGAAAAUAAUGAGGAAACGGAAGUGAAUGACAACUUUAAUGAGUCAUCAGUUGAAGGCAUUGAGACGACUGCAACAGAAGUUGCAACUAAAGAGCUAACAGAAGACUUAGGCGAAUUAAAUUUGAACGCUGAUAGUGUGCAUGAAUUCAAUGAGGAGUCACAGAAUAAAAAUGUUGAAGAUUUUAGCAGCAAUGAAGAUGAACAUGAAGAUGAAGAUGAAGAUGAAGAUGCAGUUGACAAUGGCGAUAGCGAGAGCGAUAGCGAUGAUGAUGACAAUGAAUUUACCGCCACCUCAAGCAUUACAAAACGGCAACAGCAAAAACAUUCAAAUUAUGUGACCAAGAAGGAACGCGAAGAUCUUUCAUCAUCGGAUGAUGAUGAGGAGGCAAUUGAAAUGAGUGCAGAAUUCAAUUCGGAAUGGGCAAAUCUGGCUGAAGACUUAGCAAAUGCCAAUGACAAAAAUAACGACUUAAGUAAUGACAUCGAUGAGUAUGCACCAGUGCCGGUCGAUUUGUCAAAUGACAUUGCUGUUAAUGAUAUUGCCGCAGCUCAAGUCGGCUAUCCACUUAAUCCAGAUGCUGAAUUUAUUGAUGUCAAUGGUGUGUUAGCGAAUCAUUCGAUGCCCAAGUUCGAGAAAUUGACAAUUGCUAUAACUCCAACACAUAAUCAGGAAGGAACAGAAACUGAAGACAUGAAAUGAAUUCAACCGAAGUCAAGUGAAGUGAAGUGAUGUAGUCAACUAAGCCAAAUCAAAAAUAUGCAUUAAAUUUAUACAUUUUACAUAUGUAUGCAAAUGUAUACUAGAAAAUUAUUUCAUAUAUAUAUAUUCACAAAGUUCUUAUAUUCACAUACAAAAGGUUCUACCUAACUAGCUCAAAUACAUGAACGUCUAUGUUCAAUUGAAACAUCCUUUAAGUUAUAUAUAUAUGCGGAAGACAAUUGAACUACCGAUUUUAGCUAUGCUAUUAAGCUAUUAAGAAUAAAAAACACAAUAUUUAACAAAGUCACGUGCUCGAUUAGUGACUUUCAAACUGUUAAGAAAAAAUUAGUUUUAUAAUUUUAUUUAUUAUUAUUAAAUUAAAACACAUCAUAUACAUAUUUUAUUCUUUUUAAUUUAAAUUUUGUUAAAUUUUGUUAUUAAGAGUACUCGCAUCUAAACUGAUAAAUGCGUUAUAAACAUUAUUAACGUAUAAAUUUAUCUUCUUUAUAAGUUAAGUGGUGAAUUUUGUAUGAAAAAUCGUUCACAAAUUUGAUAAAUUUACAUGAAAAUUUAUCGUAUAAAUUUAUCGCAUAGAUUUAAAUGUUGUCAAUACAGAGUUACAUUUCAACGCAAUCAAGUCAUUUACAAAACUAUCUUUGCAAAGAUUUUUUAGUUUGGACCUUUCACUAAAUUUCAGCAUUUUAUUUUAUUAUUUAUUGAUAGCAACACAGUUGAUCGAUAAAGUUUACGUAAAUAAUUAAUAUUGCAUCGAUAUUAGCUAAACGUUUGCGCUGCUGAGCACUACAUAUUGCGCCAUCAUAAUUAUUGCUGAUAUAAAUAGUGCUAUCAUAAAGCAGAUUUAUUAAUUUGCACAAAUAUGUGACUAAGUGCAUUCAUUUAACUCUGUACGUAGACGCAUAAAAGUAUACAUUUGAUAAAUUUAUAUGCUUAGAUACCUUAGUACCCCUAUUAUGUUUGACUAAAAAAAUUGUUUAAAUAAGUUUAUCAUUCUAAAGUAUUAUCUUAUAUGACUGUCAGGAACACAAUAAUAUAAUUAAACAAAUUGAAAUUAUGUCGAAUAUGCGAAAGAUACUCAUAUUUCUUUGAUCAAAUAUUAUGCAUACUUAUACUUAUAUAUUUAAUUUAUU